AUGUUCUUCAAGAAUAUCACUAGAAACUCUUCUUUACUUCGUAUAUUCAUCACAUUCCAAAUAAUAAUCCACAAUGGCCAACAUCUGGAUUCAAGCUUCUCCAUCCGAAAUUUGUUGGCAGGUCCUGAUGGUACCAAUCCAGCGCUGACACCACCACCAUCCGAUGGGUCUUUAUCGCCCAAUACCUCUAUGUCGUCGAACGAAGAGAAUCAUGGAAGUCGACCGAACUUGACUUAUAGUGCGUUGGUGACAAUGGCGAUACGAAGCAGUCCUGAAGGCAAACUGACGUUGAAUACAAUACAAAGUUGGAUCAGUGAGAACUUCCCUUAUUACAGGAAGGAUGAGCAAGGUUGGCAGAGCCAAAUACGGCAGACGCUAAGCACGAAUUCAUGCUUCCUUAAGGUGCCAAGAGCGUUGGACGACUCAGCACGUGGAAACUAUUGGGCGUUGAGUUCUGAAUUACCAGCAGUUCGUACUGCCAGAGUGGGAAAUGGUAGUGCGAUCGGAGCAUUGAUAAAUGGUGUACCACAUCCUCAGGCUCCAAAUGCGGUUUACUUCCCCACGCUCCACUAG